AUGUGUGAGCUCCACGUAGACGACCUCCUCGCCGCUCUCGCGUGCGACGACGCCGAGGGAACUCCGCCAGCGCUCCUUCGUCUGACGGAGGAGAUCCAAGCGGCGGCCGGCCGGCUCGACGUGCACAGCUUCCUCGACGCGGCCGACCGAGGCGUGCCUGUCCUCGACGUGCGCUCGCCCUCCGAGUACGCGCAGGGUCAUGUUCCGGGCGCCGCCUCCGUCCCGCUCUUCUCCGACGAUGAGCGGGCGCGGGUCGGCACCCUGUACCACGCGGCGGGCCGCAGCGCAGCGAUGGAGCUCGGGAUGCGGCUCGUGCGGCCCAAGCUCGGCUGGCUGGUCGAGCGGGCGGCGGAGCUGCUGGCGGUGGCUCGCGCUUCCGGCGAGAGCAGCGGCGCAGUGCUAGUGCACUGCUGGCGAGGCGGGCUGCGGUCCGGGGCGGUGGCCUGGCUGCUGCGGCAGCACGGCAUCGAGGCGAGGACGCUGGGAGGUGGGUACAAGGCGUUCCGGGCUUGGGCAACCGCCUACUGGGGCAGCGUCGAGAUGCCGCCCAAGCACGCCCGCACGCGAGCGGUUGUCGACCUCGAGGGCCUCGCGCGGCACCGCGGCUCGGCCUUCGGGUGGGUUGGCACGGUGGAGGCGGGAGGCGGCGCGCAGCCGUCGUCAGAGCACUUCACGAACCUUCUCGCGUGCGAGUGGCGGCGGCUCGAGGCGCGGGGCGAGGCCAAAGGCGGGCGCGGCCGCGGCUGGGUCUUUCUCGAGGACGAGGACUCGCACAUCGGCCACGUCUCUGUCCCGAAGCCGGUCUACGCGGCGCUGCGGUGCGCGCCCCUGGUCGUGCGCGUCUCUCUGCCCGAGCAGGCGCGCGUUCGCCUCCUCCUCGACGACUACGUCGCUGGGCACGCUGACGGCCCAGCCGCCGGCGAGUGGCUCGCCCGCAUGGAGGAGUCGCUCACCAAGAGGCUCGGAGCCGCGCGCGUGGGCGAGGUGGUGGCGGCGAUGCGCGCAGGCGACUUCAGCGCCGUGGCGGUCGCGAUGCUGCACUACUACGACAAGCUCUACGACGCUCACCUCGCCAACCACGGAGGGACCGGCUCCGGCGGAGGCUCGCGCGCAGGCCGGUUGGUCGAGGUCGCCCCGGCCGACCCCGCCGCCGCCUUCGACGCGGACGAGCUGGCCGGGCUCGUGCUGCGCCGCGCGAUGCCGGCAGACCGUGAGAGCGAUACCGCAAUGAUGUUUUAG